AUGAACACAAUCAAGCCGCUGGAUGAUGCAAAAGGAUUGGGUGGAUUUGGUGGGGAGGUUGUUCAAAGGCCGGCAAAGAAGUCCAGAGGUCUCGGAGGCUUUUUGAAAAAGUAUUUUCUGGAGGGUAAGGCGAGGAUCAGCAGUAAAAAGUUCAAAUCCUAGGAAAAUUUGAAAAGCAUUUUUUUCUCUAAUUGUUCUCCAUACUCUUUCGGCCGCUAAGACCGUUGAAUAUCCAGUCAAUCCCUGCAAACUGCAAGCUGAAAUUUUCAGGAAUUGCAGGUUCACCCGACGCCAAAAAUCGGUCAUUUUUUACCAUUUGUUGGCCUAAAAAUAUCAAUGAUUUUUUCAAAUCCCAAGCUACGGUGGGGGCCCUGAUCCAGUGGCAAAAAAUAUGCCAUUCUGCAUCUGGGAAGUAUAAAAAAUGUGGCAAAAUGCUUCCCUCUCCAAGUGAAAAAACUUCGUUUUGAAGGGCGCGCCUUUUUUCCUCCCAAAAAGGGCGCGCUUUUGAAAUCUGAGUUUUUUAACUUGGAGAGGGAGGUAUUUUGCCACAUUUUUUGAUACUUCCUGGAUGCAAUAAGGCGCGGUUUUUGCCACUGGAUCAGGUCCACCACUGUAGAUUUUAGAAAUUGAUAUAUGAUGCUACUUAAGAAAAUUGUUUAAAUUUACAGGGCAACACCUCGAUGACAAAGUCCAAGACAAAAUUAAUGCUCAGGGCCGCGAAAAUCUCCCAUUCUACGAGCGGUACCGGAAAUACUUUGCGUUUCUCUUCCCAUUCCUGUUCUUCCAAACCUGCUGGUGGUCUCUAGCCAUCCGCAACAACAUCUUCGCGUUGUAUCCCACACGAUACGAAAUGGCAAUCACCAUGAUCCUUGGAGGGCUCGUUUCUGGUAUGUGCCUUAUUUUUAUCCAUAUCGUGAGUAAAGGGGAUGUUCUAUAGGGUCUAAAAUUGAUCAUUGGAACAUUUGAGCUUGUGCCUUACAGAAUGUCGGGAAAAUAAUGAUCACAAUGUCCAUGUGCCAUUGGCGUCGCUCAGGUAAAAAGCAAUUUGAUUUCGCCGCGGCACAAUUCAUUUUCUCCGUGGCGAUGCAAUUUUUGAUGCGACAGAAUACUCAUUAUUUUCCCGACAGACUGGCAAACUGUCUUCGUUUUAUCAGAGUUCGUUGUACAGAGUUUCCACUAUCUUUUAUCCUUUCCAGGAGCCACCUCCGAAGGCGGCGGAGCGAUCGCCUUUCCAGUGAUGACAUUACUUUUAAAAAUCCCGCCAACAGUUUCAAGAGACUUCUCAUUGAUGAUUCAGAGUUGUGGUAUGGCUGCCUCAUCAUUUACUGUGGUCUACAUGAAAGUCAAAGUGGAAUGGCAUUCGAUUAUUUUCAGUAGCUUAGGCGCUUUCUUCUCCAUCAUCAUUGGGUUGCAAUUUAUGGAUGAUUUGCUGGAUGGUGAGUCAAAUGUUCCGAAAAAGAUAUAGAGAUAGUUACACGAAACUUUCAGAAAAGUUGAGGUUUUGCAAUACUCGACAAGUUUUUGACAGUUUUCGUUUAUAAAAAUCGGUCCAGUUGUUGUUGUAGACGACCACAGAAAAAGAUCAGUCUGUCGGGAAAAGCACGCAUGAAAAUAAAUUGUGUCGCUGAAAGUCAAAUUUUUUUUCUUCAACGACGCUGUUGGCGCUGCGACACUGCGCUCAUUAUUUUCCCGUAUAUUCAACCCGCAUGAAAUUUUGUCGGCAAAGUGUCAUGGAUUAAUAUCGACUACGACGGGACCUCAAAUUUUGCCGCGACAAAUCCUCAUUAUUAUCCCGACAGAUACAAAGAGUCGACUUUACCAGUAUAUCAGGAAAAGAAUGAGCAAUCUGUCGCAUCAAAAAUCUCAUCGCCACCGAGAAAAUGGAGUGUGUCGCGGUAAAAUCAAAUUACUUUUCACUUCAGCGACACAAUUGGCGCUUCGACACUGCGCUCAUUGUUUUCCCGACAGACUGACCGUUGUGAAAAAAAAUUUUUUCAUCGACCUUUCGCAAAACCAAAAAUCUCAUUUCCAGCGCAUCAAAAGAAGAUGAUGUUUGUUUCGAUUUGGUUUGCCUUCGCCGUCUCUCUACUAAUUCUGAAUCUCCAAAAGAAGCGCAAAACCUACGACUCGAUCCCGAACUUCGGCGCAUGGCAAGCCAUUGCGCUCUUCCUCACCGGCCUCUUCGGUGGCCUGCUUAGCGCGUGGACCGGCUCCGGCGUCGAUAUCUGCUCCUUUUCGAUGCUCACGCUGCUUUUCCGGGUCUCCGAAAAGGUCGCAACACCGACCUCGGUGCUACUCAUGUGCUUGAACACAUGGGUCGGGUUUUAUUGGCGCCAGUUGAUCCAGAAGAAUGUGUCCGAGCUGGCCUGGGAGUAUUUCUCGGUUGCGGUGCCAGUAGUCGUCACAUGCUCGCCGAUUGGAGCUUUCCUGUCAUCACAUCUGCAUCGACAGGUCUUGGCGUCGUUUGUUUAUAUUUUGGAGACCCUAGCGUUGAUUGGUUUCUUGAUCACCAAGCCGGAUUUGUAUUUGAUUAUCGCUGGGGCGAUCAUCAUUAUUGUGGCGUAAGUUUUUUGAGAAUUGGUUGUAAAUGUUUAUUUUUUGGCACGCUGUGCGUGUUUUCAUCCAAUGGCAAAACACGUCUCAUUUUGCAUCCCGUAAGGGACCAAAAUGUCUCCAAACCCUUCCCUUCUCUAAGCUAAAAACCCCCGCUUUGAAGAGCCCGCCUUGAAGGAAAGGGCGCGCUUUUCAAAGCCGAGUUUUUUAGCUUACAAUUAGAGAAGGGAGUGGUUUGGAGUCAUUUUGGUCCCUUCCGGGAUGCAAAAGGAGACGUUUUUUGCCAUCGGAUCAGGUCCCUCACUGUACGUGUACAAAGCGUACGCGAUUUAGGCGACAGAAUUGCCGAAGCUUGUGUCCCGAGUAAAUAGCAUAUGUUUACUUUUCACUGGGCUUGAAAAAAAUGAAAUUUUCCGGAUCUUAUAAAUGACCUUGUAUGCGCAAAAUUUGCAUAAAAUCCUAGCGUCUUGAAAAAUUGCCCAUUGAGUUGAAGCGUAUUUUAAACCAUAACUUUAAAAUACCACCUGCAUAUGUUUUCCAGAGUCGCCUUCUUCAUGAUUAUAAGCCGAGUUGGACGACAUAUCAGCGACAAGAUCGAAGCCGAAGCCUUGCAGCGACAGCUCUCCCUGUCCGGCUCUUCCACGCCCAGUACGUCGAAGACGGCGUCGGAAGUCGCCAUUUAUCCAUAG